AUGGCCUCCGAAAACCCCGGGCCCAUCCACACAGUCGCCUCCGCGCCCCGGCUGGAUCGCGACACCUCCAGCGCCGCCCCUUCCGCCGCCACCACUGCUCCUGGGCCCUCCUGGAUCCCAGGUUUUGGGUUUCCAGCUCCUUCUGCUCCAUUGCCUGGUCACGCCCGUAGCCACAGCCAGGGUCAGGCUUCAGCUUUCGCCUCCAGUCCUGCCCAUGACUCCACCCUGGACCCGACUAUCAGGGCCCUUCUUGACCAGCAAGCCGAGAUCGAAGCCAAGAUCGCCGCUCUGCUGCCCCGAAAGCACGGUCCAGACUUCAAGGUCGAACUUGCCAUGCUGCGGCACAAGUUCAAAUCCCUGCGCGCUUUCGCCGAUGACAACCAUAUAUCCGAUAAGAUUCCGGUCUUGUUUGAGAUCGAGGAUGCCAGAGCACUCCAGUACCAGUGCGAGUGUAUCGAGACGGCUUGUUUAGAGCAAGGUCUGGACCUCCACGAGCAGAGGAUAAAUGAGGAUUUGAAAAUUUACUUUCGCCAUGAUGCUCCGGCUGGAUACGAGGCAUGGCUGGACCGAAAUUUAUCGUACUAUGAUCCGAUUGCUCGGGGUUGGAGAUUGAGGGACAGUCUUCCGUCAAAGUUCCGUGGUUCUCGGUCCUUCAAGUGCUGGGAUGAAAGGUGCUUGCACUACAUUUACGGUUUUCCGAGCCAAGAGGAGCGAGACCAGCACAGCAGGGACCAUCUGGUGUCGUCCAAGCGAGAUUCCGGGUUGUCCAUCGGCGGCACACCACCAGCGAUAUCUGACCAGGCGGCCCAUCACCGCAACUACAGCCAUGAGUACUCAAAAAAUUCAUCACCCCUGGACUCAUUAAGGUCCUACUCGUUUAUAUCAGAGCCCACAUCGUCCUCGAGAGAUCUGCGAGGCUCGGUCGACUCCGAAGUUGACCCUCUUCUCCCACCUCUGAAGCGCAGUCGUGUUGGGCAGUCCAGGCUAGAGUCUAUCGAGGAACUCAGGCUGCUACGCGAUGUCAAGCCAUGCCUUCGAUGCAAGAUAGCGAGGAAGGAGUGCGACUCAAACGACCCAUGCUCCUACUGCCUGAGCCAGGCGGACCAACCCUCUGGCGGCUUCUGGGCUGUCCUCGGUUGUCAUAGAGGGCCCCUCAGCGCUUUCGCUGAGACCCUGGUGCCGAUAUCUAUCUCGCCACGGCAAAGUCAGACUCCGCUUGCCUCACCUCUUGUACCAAGGCGAAACAUGAACGAGUACCUCGAGCAAGCAUACUUAGUAAAUACCGACUUCUUACGACUGGUGAAACACAACCUCGAUUUCGAUGAUGGGUUCUGGUGGUCUGAGGAUCUUUCGAAGUUAUCCCCAUCUAGUAGAUCCGUGUCAUCGUUCCAGCGAGAGCCAGUCGAGAGACCACCGCCCCUGCUGUCAGUUCUGGCAGCCAGUUGGAACAUGAGCGGGACGACAUACAAUUUCUGGAAGCUUCUCAGGCUGAGCGGAUACAUGUCAUCGGACAGGGAGGUUGAAGCCGUGGCAUUUCCGGUGCUAUACCGAGUCAAGCUGCUGCUCAGAGAAGUCUUGUUUUACGACUUGCAACAAGCGGAGCCCUCAAUACAUGCAGAGGCAAACAACUUACAGACACGCUCAGUCUGUGAUGACUCUACCAAUCAUGGCCGAUAUCGACUGCUGUACAACUGCAUGACUGACUUCCUGCAGUCUUUUGAGAACAUCACGCAGAGCGGCGUCCACAUGAAUCCAAGGACCUGGGUUUCUGUCUUUGUAUCAUUGUGUUUGUUCAGUGUUGUGCGGACCGUUCUUGUGGAUAUUGCUUCCUCCGGUCCGAUACCCAGCCCUCUGUCGAGUUCCACCGCGAUCUCAACUGCAACGACUAUGACGGGUGUCUACAAGGCAUUGGUCAGCGUGUUUGGCGCUGUAUCGCCAAUGCUACUCGACGACUAUAACCUAGCCAUGAACGAGGAUGAUCGCGCGCUUUUCAACAUGUUGUACGACAUUACGAAAAAGGAAUACUGGAAUGAGCAAGGUCUGACAUCGACGAGAGAAUUCUUGCUGCUUCUUGGGGACAUUGACAACAUUGGCCCCAUCGUGAACGGCUUCAUCAAGCAGAGAACACCUAGCCAUCGACCUGGGCGGCCUGCGACAAUGUCUAUUCCUGUCUACUGUGCGAAAUGCAAUGAGUACCCCGAAGGGUUCCGAGGCGAGCACGAGCUUCGAAGGCACAAUGACGCCAAGCAUGCUGCUCUUGUGAAGAGAUGGGUUUGCUCCGAACCGCAAAUUUACAGUCCCGGCUCACCACAGCCGGUGGUACCACUGUCCAAGUGCAAGGCUUGCGUCACCCAGAAACGAUAUGGUGCCUACUACAACGCGGCCGCUCACUUGCGAAGAGCGCAUUUCAACCCUCACAGGGGUGGCAAGGCAAGCGGGGACUGGCCACCAAUGACAAUUUUGAAAGACUGGAUGAAGGAGGUCAGACAGUCGGUGGAUGUCAAUGAUCAAGAGUCAGACAGUGGUGAAGACGAUGGCGACUUCAAGCAGCGAUCUGAAGCCGUGUCUCCGCGAAGCGGCCGCCGAUCUCCAAUUCUCGAAGUACCCAGGCUUGCUCCAGCACCUCCUUCUCUGCCUCAUGGCGUGCCUCCUCACAUUCUUGCUGCGCAACGAGCUCCUCUUCUGGCAGCUCCGUUUCUGGAGAUCCCGCCUCUCGCUACUCCGGCAACGAUCAAUUUCCAGACGAGCCCGAUUCAAAGUAACACCACGAAUUUUGCCAACAUUGCGAGCAUCAACAGACCGGAUGAGACGCCACCGAAUAGUCCUCAAGAUUUCUACGAACACCUGGACGAUUGUGUCCUCAAUGUCAUCGUUCCGUCCACGACUCCACGAUCCGCGACAUCAACCAACUGCCCUACCAGUGGUGCUAUGAGCAAUACGAGUAGUGCUGUUCCAAGCAGCGCCGCGACCAGUGCUGCUACCAGUGUUGGCCAGGAUUCCGCUCUUCUUCGGACGCCAACGACGGCGGGCUCAGCACAGGAGCAGGAUCUAGAUUUUCAAUACCAUCUCCGCCGCGGGGCCGAGUCAGGGGCGACAUCAGAUGACAACAAAGACAAAGGAGCGCGCGGAUCUGACAUCGACGCAGCGGCGGCUUCUCCCCAGGCACUACCCGCACAAUACCAGGCCUCCACUCCUACUGAACCAGCCGAACAAAAGGAUGAGCACGUUGAGAAGAUCGAGUCAGAUGCGCCUCAGUCGUCACGGCGGUCGACUUCUCAGUCAGAAAAGCUUGAUGAGAUGGGUCCCACCACAGAGGAUCGCCCUCGCGUGCUGGCGGUCGAGGUCAAGCUUGGCUCACCGUUCUCACCGGAUCAAGCUUGA